AUGAUCAGAGCCGCUAUCCUCCUUGCUCUUAUAACCUCCGUGUUCGGUAUGUGCAGCAUUGAAAUAAGCUUCAAGUUUUAAUUACUACAUCGCAUUAUUACAUAACGUUUCAACUUCAUUGCAAGAACUUCGAGCUAUGUUUUAGGAGCUGGGGACUUUGAAACAAUGCCGAAUUCGUCAUUUGUCUAUCUCGAACCGUUUGCACAAAGACCGCAGGUGCGUUCCAGCUCUAAUGACAUUUUUAGCGUAGGACCUCCUUGUACAUGCAAUGACAUACUUCUUUCAUUAUAGUCAAUUACAGUAGGGGGUCAGACUGUUGCAGAGGGCUCCCUGUCCAAUCCUUGUAAGGUUGGAAUCUCGUGUUGGCAACCGUUAACUGGUAUGUCCCUGUUAAUGCAGGCAUUGGAGUUUUCUAAAUACUGAUGGGACUUGCCAAAGUUUAGGUCGGACAUGUGAUUUCUCGUUGAAUCAGUUCUUUGCGCAAAACACACCACGUUGGGCUAAAUAUUUAUCAGAGUACUGUUCUUCUCAUUUAGACAAACAGUUUUCAUAUCUUUCGGUCGGACCAGAGAAUGGGACAGGCAUAAUUAUUUUAAUUCCAGCCGCCGGAAUUAGACUACCCACUGCAGUCAUUGUGAGACGUAUUGGUGAAAAUUUGCAGGGUAUGUUUUUAAUAUUUAUAAUUUGCAAAUUUAAACACUAAGAAUGGUGCCGUCAUAUUAAUUAUGCGAAUUUUCAACAAUAUUACCAUUUCAACAGUAAAAUGUUAUAUUAAGUAAUGAUUGAUACCGUGAAAGCGUUGCAUUUUUGUGCCACGCCUGUUGCACUGUAAGCUGCUGCACAGCUGCACAGUGCGUGAAGUGAAUAAACUGUCUCAUGAAAUAACUACCGACGAUUUGAAAUGCGUUUUCAUUUUAAAAAGUACUUAAGCAGUGUUGUCACAUUAAUUAUCGUGCCGCAUAUCCCGUAGUCACUCCAGUCACGCCAGAAUAUCGGCUUCCGAUAGAAUUUUUUUAAUUACAGUCUGCAUAAGGUGCAUUCUGUUAAAAAUGCUUAUGCGAGAAGCCUGCACUAUUUUCUCAGAUUUUUCAUGCUGUCAUAAAUUAACAUAUACUUCGCAGUAUGCGUGGAUAAAAGUAUCAUUCUUUCACUCAAUUGAGAAAGUACGUGUUCUUCUAAUUUUGUGCAAAAAAGAGUAUCUUUUGGUUUUUAAGAACUACUGUUUACCGAAUAAUUUUGAACGCGGCCUGUCUAUUUCAUUUGCAUUCUGAGUUUCGAAAGUGCAGGCUGUAUAGUUUCCGCUUGAGGAAAAUUAUAUAUUUCUAGAUAUUGUCAAGACGAAUUCAUAUAGAGUGCACAUAGUUGGCUGUCAAUGACGACUAUGUUGUCCUUGGUUUUACGAUGUUGUGUGAUUUUGAAUUUCACGAUGAUAAUAAAUCUAAUAUUUCUAAACUUUUCUAAAGCCGGAAUACGCAGUUUUUUGAGUUGAGAAUGUUGAGGAGACAGUGUUUUCUAAUAAAUUGGCAGAAGAGAAAAUGUUUUGUGCAUGCCUUCUAAAAAAGUAUAUUUAAACUUACAAAGGCAUCAACUUUUUGACAGAAGCAUUAUGCCACAUAUGUAGUAAUUUUUGUGGAAUGUAGUUUAUGCAGACUGUCCAUAAGAGGCUCUGUCAACAAGCGCUAUCCACACGUGACAGUAAUAUGCUAAAAAUAUGCGGCACAGGAAUUAAUUUGACAAGUCCACUCGAGGAAUCUUCUCAAACUGGGGACGACUUUCAGAUUUUCAAUUUAUAAAUGAUGAGAUGGCACAGCCGUUGUAGAUCAAAUUCCAAGGAACACAAACAUUCUUUCAAUAACUUAGGCCAACCUACUGGCAUUCCAUCUAAAUCGAAACUACGAAGUAAAUUUCAAGUUUAAUAAUUUUAAUUGAAACUAAAAUCCAUCAAAACUACUAUCUAUGCAGUUCCGCCCAUGCCAGUCGUCGCUGGAAGGAUCAUAAACCUUGACAUAAACACCACAGCGGAACGUGGGAUAAUUCUUCUGUAUAACGAGGACGUAAAGGUUUGUAAAGACUUUUUUAAGCAUAUAAUUGCGGUAUUGACAGUGGCUCGCUAUAUAUUUACAAUCUUUAUUUUGCAUAUCUCGUGGUUUUACAGGACACAAUUGUUGGAGGACAUAUGCACAAAUCUAACGACGUAGGACCGCCAGACGGCAAACACUUGUUGCAUAUACCUUCCCGUAAGUGGAACUUGAAACCAUACGAAAUUAUAUGCAACAAAAAGACGUCAUUUUUCGUAUAAGUGUUUCACAUUGCAAGGAUCCGCAAGAAUUGUGCUUUCCGGCUAUUCGGUGUAUAAAAUUGUGCGCGUUCUACUUCGGGCAAUUGUAGUCACAGAGGUCGGCAACUAACCGAAUAUUUUGAGCGCAACAUGUAACAGAAGCGCCUAAUAAUCUUCGGGAAUUUAGAGUGGAAUACGGCAACUAGGUAACAACUCGGUAUUCCAUUCGCCUAUGCAUAGAAAAGCUACCGGUGCCAAACUCCUGAGCAAAUUGUAAAUAACGCAUGCUGAUGUCUGUUUCCAUGGUUCCAAAUAAAACAAAUGAGUGAGAAGCUUAUUUGUAAUUGUAGAUCGCUUCAUACAACUUGCAGCAUUAGACUCAUAAUUAAAAUCCAUUUUAACAAUAAUAAUAUGCCAAAUGUUUUGCACACUGGUUGUUGAGGAAGCAACGAAAGGACGCACCUUUGUCCUGCUGACGGGACACCUGGACAAUACAAAUUUGGAAUACACAUUCAAACUUAACGCAAGUACCUCUGACCUGGUUAGGGUGGUGCCAGUUGAAGGGCGGUCUACACCAAGGGUGUUCCGUGUCUCCCUUAGCGGGGAUGUGUCUCUCCACUUCUGUAGAGUCCUAAUAUUCACCUACUCAGUCAUCUCGUUUUUCUCCAUCGUUUGAAAGACAUUUUUUGAAGAAAAACAAUAAAAGUCUUAUGGUCUUCGUUUGUUCUCAGGAAAAGCUAACCGCAGGGUAUGGCCUGAGUUCAUUACUAAUAUGUGCACUCCUUCUUAUCCAGACUGUUUGACAGUAUGGACGUAGGCAUUUCAAUGUGGAUGUUGCAGGCGUUUUGGCUUGAUAGUAGACGCAGUUUCCGUCAUAUAUUGAAAAGUUGAAGUUCUUUCCUAAAGUUAACCUCGGAGAAGGAUGAAAGAAAUUAGAAGCUUUUAGGCGAAUACAACUGAAAUGUCACAUUCAGGAAAAAAAAGUCGCGAGAGUUUAAUCAACUGAGAAAAAGCAGAUACAGGGUAGGUCGCAAUUGUGGUCGACUAGGGCUCACAUUUCGGGGUUCAGGUAGCGUCUAAGUUGUUAGUGCACUCAGACCGCAGCAAUAAUCAUGAACAGGCGUUGUUUUAGAGGGUCGAGGAGGAAAGACACCAGUAGAAGAAGUGGUUUGUUACUCACAGUAGCCCAAUACUGACCACAGACCCAGGCCGUAGCCAGACACUGAGUUUGCCCAUGUGGCUGUUACGUGGUUGUAGAUGUCUGUAAUUGGCUGGUGCAGAGGAUGCAUACUCGCACGUAUCGUGAUCAUAUGAUUCCCGGCUCGGUGUGGUUGUUAGAGUUGAAAGGCUUGUGGCACUACAUUCACCGAGCGACACUGAAGAACAAACCCGCAUGUUUGUCAAGUCGACUGAGAACUCUGGUGUCCGAAGCGGAUUCAUAAACUGUUCAAUUGAUGUAUCCGUAGUUACAGUGCGUGACCGAUCUCAUGAACUGUUGGCCGGAAUUCUGGAAUUUGUUUCCGAUUAGGAAGGAUUACUUGGGUCAGAUUACAAUACUGAUCAGUAAUGCGGCAUAAUUCUACAGAAUUUCGGACUUGCCUGAAAGUCGGAUUUCGAAUACACUUUUGCCUGACCUACUGCAAAAUGCACAGUGGACUAAAGAUAAAUACUUAAUUAGCAUGCAUUUUUUCCAUUGAUUUUUGAUGUUUCUAUAAAUUCAAAUAUAUUUUACAGAAAACAUGCAAAAAGAUAUGCUUUUUUAUUUGUUUGAAAGAUAAUUACAUUGCCUUCUUAUUUUAUACUCGAAGAAAGUGUGUAUUUAAGUUUUAAGUAUGCCAGUAUUAUUGUCCGCUUCUGUUCUUAACUACGUCUCCGAUUGCCUCUGUAAGGAAAGGCAGAGCACAGGGUAUGGCCUGCGUUAAUUACUAAUAUAUGCGUCCCCUCUUGCCUAAACGGUUCCACUGUAUGAUUAUAAGCGUUCUGCCGAGGGUGGUGAAGUAACAUUGGCUGGAUAUCCGAUGUUACUUUUUUCACACAUUGACGAGUUUCAGUCGUUUCCUAGAUGAAAGUGGUGGGAAACCAUUAGGGCAAUAAAACAGAAAUGUCAUAUUUAAGAGAUAAAAAUAGCUACAAGGAUUCACUCAAGGGAUCUAAAACAAAUGCAUACUUAUCCCUAAUUGUUGCCGACUAGGUCUCACGGUUUGAGAAUCCACGUAGUGUCCAGGUAGUCAGUGUACUCAAUGGCCACAUUAGUCGUGAAAGAGUUUUGUUUAGAGGGUGGAAAGGGGAAGGGCACUAGUGGAAGAAGUGCUGUAUUCUCUACAUAUGCACAAUAUUGGUCACAGAUCCGGCCCGCCUCGGGCACCGGGUCUACUAGCGUGGCUAUACGUCGGGAUGACGUCGGCGUGAGUGAAUAAACAUGAUGCGCGAGCAAGUCAGCCUCAGCUUAGUCAGUUGAUCGUGCGCGUCAGUGAUUGGUUGACCCCGAGACCGGAUACGCGCCUGUUUCGUGAUCACAUGAUUCCCAGCUCAGUGUGCUUUAGAGAGACAGAAGGCUAAAGGCGCUACAUCCGCUGACCGACCCUGACAAACAAAGUCCCACGUUUGGCAAGUCGACGGAGAACCCUGGAAACCGAAGCGGAUUCACAAACAGCUUAAGGAUAUCCGUAGCUAAGUAACGCCAAAAUAGACUCGCGGUAGGAAAGUUCUCUUCAUACACAAGCAACACUUAUGAAAUGUUAUGAGAAUGCAUUGAAAAGUGUGUAGCACACUAAAUAUACCGUAGCUGAGCCAACACAUGAAAUGCCAUGAGGUAACACAAGAAAAUCCCUAUAACGCGGAAUCCGCCCAAAAUGCGUUCCCCAAAAUGCUACGGCUGUAAAAAAGACUUUUCUUAAAAAGAAGACAUAGUUGGGUUUAUCGGUUAAUAUAUACUAACAUAAAAAUAAUUAAUUUCCACUGAAAAAGUAAUAUUGCAGAAAACUGCCAUAUUACAAGUCGCUUAGAUGGGGCUAAUUUUAAGAGUGCGCAAUGAAGGGGGAAGCAGGAAAUGGUAAAAAAUAGUGAAAAUGAAUAACACCAACUAUUCGACUUGUUCUCAUUUUCUGCAAUCCUUAUGCUGAAAGAAUAUAAUUUUCUCGAUUUUCCCACUGUCAACACAUUUCAGUUUACUUCCAUAGCAUAUAAACACUAAGUUUAAUGAUGAUUUAUCGGGAGCAAACCAACGCUCUCUGAAUACACCUCUGAAUACUCCAUGCGACAUUGUGAAGUAAUCCAAUUAUCUGUGUUGUGUAACCCCGGAGAUAAACCUUGGCAAAUUUUCGUUCGAUUGCUUACGACGCAUGAUCAGAUUUGUUGUUCGAAGGGUUUGGCACUCGCAAGCAAUCCAAAGGAAAUUUUUCGCGGAUUACCUUAAUUUCUCGAAAAUAUGGCGAAACCUCCAACAUAGCGUUUAGUAGCAGCCAAAGCUGAGUGUAAGCGGGCUGAUAUAACCCAUUGAUUUUGUUAGAACGCCAAACGACAGUUGAGUCAUGCUAGUGACAUGCUAGCAUGGGUGAAAGGAGUUAAAACUGUUUUCAUAGGUUUUCUCCUUUCUUCCGACCCUGGAUGAUAAUUAAAGAGAAAAUCAAACCGUAAAACUAGCCAGGGAACCAAAGUGUGAUUACCGGCAAAAUAAUUGAACAGGGGUAUCCCUACGGCCUACGGCCUAUCAGCUUAUCUUUAAUUAAUUCCGGCUACUGCCUAUGCGCUUACUGCAAAAACAAAUGUAUCGUGUUUACUCCCAUACAAAUAAAAUAAGUCGUGUGCUUAUCGCUAGACAGCAUUUAUUCCCGAAUUCACAACGCAGAUCAACUUCCAGUUUUUGACAUCUAUGCAAAACCAUCAGUAAACUUCAAGUUAGUUAUACGUUUCCUUAACUUAUUUGAAAGUUAUUAAGUUAAGGAAAUAAGAAUGUCCUUCCCGAACUUCCAAUGUAAAUACGAACAAUUAUAAUAAUCAGGUGUUAAGGCAGUAAUUAGGGAAACCCCAUAGUCAUCAGUAUUUUUAAGCCCAGCGAAUAAGGCAUGUAUUUGGCACGAUGCGCUCCGAUCGGCCCGGCGAUGGGAAACUUUCGUUCUUCGGGAGGCCUCUACGUAUUCGCAGAUCCGGUUUCUGAAUAGGUGUCUCGACAAUAAUGUGUUACUGAAAUGUGUUUCAUACAAGCCACCGGUUAACACGGAUUUAUCGAGACGAGCAGUAUUUCAGCACGGCAGGAGGAUGAUUCGAGUGCUCCUUCAAGAUUGCCACGCGAGACUUCGUAAUUACAGUCAAAGGAUUGACCAAGAAAAGACCAGAUGCUGUGUGUUCAUGGGCUAGAUCGGUACAAAUCUGCUCCUGCAGAGGGUGACUGAAUAAUCCCGCGAAUAGAGAAUAAUACGCGACGCAGCACUGGAGAACAAAUUCCGAAAGCUGCACAAUCCAACGUCUCCCGGAAAGGAAAAACUGGUGCACAAUCUGUCGUCAAAGGAGCUGACGAAGGAUCAGAUGCAGGUUUUAAGGUACGAAGCUUCGUUCAACAUGACUGACACCAAACCUGUCAACAUGAUUGCAGCAGUGGGAGUAAUCCUUUAUCAGAAGGAGGCAACGGAGGAGACUAAGAGUCUCAUCCGACACCAAGUGUCUUCUCUCCUGAUGGCCCACAGGCCGCAGGAAGUGCUUUCCAAGGCCGAACGUGAUGCGCUUAGAGAACUCAAGGCCGGCAAGUACCUGGUCAUUGUGCCAGCGGACAAAGGACGCGCCACAGUUGUACUGGACAGGACAGACUACCUUCAAAAAAGCCAAAGGUUUACUGGAGGACCGAUAGUUCUAUGUACCAUGUGCAACGAACCCUUUAAAAGCGCUGACAUGCGAUAUUAAUGCUACAUUAUUGGCCUUGGAGAACUCAGGGACAAUAACAACGACCGACAGGCGCAUGGCGAGACCCUAAGAUACGACUUUGGCCCUAUUCUAUGGCCUCCCUAAGGUGCACAAAGACGGCGCUCCUCUCCGGCCCAUCGUGUCGUUCAAAGGGACUCCAACGUAUGGACUGGCUAAGUGGCUGUUCCGGCGUCUCCAGUUCCUGAUUGCUGAGUCAGACACCACGGUCUCUUCGUCAGCACAAUUCCUGGAGAAACUCAAAUGGGUAAGCCUCCAUCCAAAUGAGGUCAUGGUAUCUUUUGAUGCUACAUCCCUGUUUACUUCUUUUACCCAGGACCUGGCGAUCGAGACAAAUGAGCUGCUACUACAAAGCAAAUACGAUGAAACGGAGAAUCGUCUUGAACACGCCCAAAUCCUUCAGCUCCUAAAGCUCUGUCUCAGGACGUACUUCACGUUCGACGGGACAAUCUACGAACAGGUGAAGUGCACACCAAUGGGUUCGCCGAUUUCGGGAUUCAUCGCCGAGGCGGUCCUGCAACGGUUAGAGUCGCUGGUCUUCCAACACCACAGACCCAAGUUCUGGGCCCGAUAUGUCGAUGACACCUUCGUCGUCAUCGAGCGGAAUCAGGUGCUGACAUUCAAAGAACAUCUCAACUCCGUCUUCCCGGACAUUCAGUUCACGAUGAAAAAGAAAGAGGAAAACCUGCUGGCCUUCCUGCAUGUCCUCGUUUGCCGCAUAGAUUGUGGUGGACUAAAGACCAAAGUGUUUAGGAAAGCGAAAAAUAAGAUGCAAGCACUGAACUUCAACAAAAACCACCCAAUCAGCCACAAUCGCAGUUGUGUAAGGACGCUCUGUGGGCGUGUCGAAACGCACUGCAUUGAGUCGGAACACAAGAUUGCCGAACUAAAAUACCUCCGACGCGUAUCGAAAGCCAAUGGCUACCCGCGCAACCUUGUCAACCGCUUAAGUGACGUUAGGCCUAGACGCACGGACACCAAAUCUUGGCGGGUGCUUCCAUAUGUCAAGAAUGCCUCGGUAGCUGUCGGCCGCCUUGCACCACUUGGGGUUGGCGUUGCCCACAGACCGGAGGCAACCAUCACCUGUCUGGUAAUGAAAACGAAAGACCCGCUGCCACGGCUAUAA